GCCAAGUCGGUGAUGUCUGUGUUUACAGAUUACACGCAGGAUCCUUACAUCGUGUCUCCGGAGAGAGUCCAGUAUGGCAGUGAUGUAAACCUGACAUGCUAUAUUUUAAUUGAAGUAAAGUUCUUAACGUUCAUCUCCUUCACGUGGAAGAAAAACGAUGAACGAUUAAUCCAUGGAGGGAAUUAUGAGAUCAGCUCAGGGUCCGGGUCAUUUAUAAACAGCAUAAAAACAUACCAAACCAAUACUCUGACAGUUAAAGACACGAGGAUGGCAGAUGAAGGAAAGAGAUACAUGUGUCAGGUUGAAGUGGCAGUUGGAACAUGGUCAUCGUCCAUUAAAACUGAGGAGUACAUAUUUGCACAAGAAGUCCCAUCUACUACCACCACAAGUGCAAGUGAAGGCGAGGAUGUCACCAUUUUCCUGACAUGGACGGCGACGGAUGUUAUCACUGGGUUUUGGUCUCCAAGUGGUGGACUCAUUGCAACCAUACAAUCUAUAUCUGUCUAUAUCUGGCCAAACUUUAGAUCAAAAGUAAAGGUCAUCAGACUGAUCACUUCACAUAACGGGAAAACAGUUAAGUUGAUGAUCUUCAAUGUUACGAAGGAGGAUGCUGGACGUUAUUACUUCAGUGAUUUCAAGCGAGAAUCAUUUUAUGGUGGCCACAACCUUGUGAUUGCUGAUUGUAAGAGUACACAGGUCUCAACUAGUAUUGUACCUUCCACCAUUGGUCAAACAAAACCUCAAACGGCGACUCCAGCUUCCAUAACGUCAGCAAGUACUCAGGUAGAUGUCACAUCUAACACAGUGACUGUCACCAGCACACAAACCUCAGCUGCGACAACUACCGGGAUACCCCUUUCUACAGCUACAACCGCCAACACUGACCAAAAUGUUACUACCGUUGUCCUUUACAUCAUCGUCGGGUGUUGUGUCCUGCUUAUAGUGCUGGCUGCGUUCAUCGUUGCUGCUAUUGUGUUGAUAAGGAUCAAACAACAAGGUGUUCACCAACGUAGAACCCCUUCGACAUCUACGACAUCGAACAUCGUUCAACGUCAACGUUAUGAUGUUGUCGAAUGUUCACCUGUUGAUGGCGCUGAAAACAGUCACCUGUAUGCGGCAAACAGUUUAGGAUACCACACACUUAACUUCAAACGUUUCAACCGGGUGACUGAGGUCGACCCUACAGAUGCCAAUACCACCAGGAACAGAUUAGUACCACUGGACCAAGACUAUGAACCUGUCACUCUCAUGGACCAUAGACUUGUCCUGAACUGUACUCAACAAUACUCAGAUCAUGAAGAAGAGAAUAAUGAUUCUAUAUCUUUGUGUAGCUCGUAUGAUAAUGGUCAGCGUGAGAAAGAUCGUUCUGGAUAUGCACAGUGCAUAGUUGUCGCUGGUAACGUACCGACGAUGUCUGUUGAAUGAGCCAUCCAGAAAAUAUGGUUUAAACAUGGUUUUUAUUUAGCCAAGGCUGAACUCUUGAUAGGCGAACAACCCUAGUGACUUAUAUACACACCGCUCCAGUAUGCCAAAGCGAGCUGAAUUCGACGUUCUGGUGAUUUCGACGAUUGCAUUGCUCGCACUAUAUCGGGGGAGUACGUGCGCGACCGGAGUGUACAAGCAAUUUCAUCGGUAGGGCGGAUGCCCAGUCGCUGUCGUGAGAAGUUUUAUUGACAAUGGAAAACCGGAAGUUAAGUUAUAUGAAAAGCGUGCAAACAUGGAUAUUAUUUACCCGAGAUCGUUAAUACCACUUCGAAUGCAAAAUCAGUUGCCUAUAUAACAAAAAAUAGUAAGCGAAAAUUCAGUAAGAUCGGUCGUGACAAUAAUGACAGGCAUUAUAUAAAUAGGAAGCCACGUGAUCACAACACUCAAUCGCAGUGCGGAGCAAGAACGUAUGGCUCAUCGUUGAAAACUCAUACAAAUA